AUGUUGGGAUUUGCAAAAAACGGAGAUACCACAGGAGGUUUCUAUGGACCCAUAGUUUAUAUUACCAAUCUAAAUGAACUACAUCACUACAUUACUGACACAAAACCUCGUACUUUAGUAAUAAGUGAAAAUAUUUUCGCGCCGCAAAAAACUGUACUGAUCCUGGGAGCUAACAAAUCUCUGAUCGGUUCUUGGAAUGCUAAUAUUAUUAACAACGUAUAUUUCUAUUCAUCCCCGAGAUCAGAAAAUAUCAUCUUCCAAAAUCUGUAUUUCAAACACGAUAUUGAAAAUAUCGAGAAUGGUGAAACUCAGUUAAUUUUAGUUUAUGGUCAGCGAUACUGGAUAGACCAUUGUACCUUUGAUGGAGAUAUAGUGAACGAAAAUGAUUUAGGAAAACUGCUUAAAGUCAGCGGAAAUGUUGACUACGUCACACUUAGCAAUUCUAAAUUCAUGAACCAUAUGUAUGGUUUGAUACUUGGUUAUCCAGACGAUGAUCCUUCCCUUAUUGAACAGUACGAUAACUAUCCUCGAAUGUCUAUCAUGUUCAAUUUUUUUGAUAAUAUUCAUGUACGUGCUCCAGGUUUGAUGCGAUUUGGAAAGUACCACGUUUACAAUAAUUACAUUAAUAACUAUCACUUAGGCUUUACGAUUGGCUUUCAAUCUAAGAUCUAUUCCGAAUACAACUAUUUUUCUGAUUCUGGCGUAAACAAUGCAGUACUCGAUGAUAAGGGUAAUGGUUACUUUAAAGAUGUUGGAAGCAAAAAUAUGCCAAAUAAUCAAAAAUCAAAGACAACGUCAUGGUAUCCAUCUUCAGACUAUAGCUAUGUUAUUAGAGACCCAGAAUACAGUCGAGAAUUUUGCACAAAAUUUUCAGGCUCUCAAAAUCAAGAAUUAGUUUUUGGCGGCGGCUCAUAG